CACAUGCAUUGUAGGCAUACCUCACUCACCUGCCGUUGGAAAUGAAAUGGGUGUGACCCACGUAUUUCAGGUUAGCUGUGUCAGACAUUAUUCAACCCGAGUUAGCCGCUCCCAUCUGACGUUUGAGCUCUCUGUUUACUUUGAGGUUCGAGUUUGUAUCCCCGAAGACAGCUAGCUUACAACUGGAAACUUCAAGCUAACUUUCUGCCCGGAGGAACUUGAACUACACAGCCCCGACAGCUGCUGGUCAUGGGGGACAUCAGUAAAGGGAAGAAGGUGUUUGUCCAGAAAUGUGCCCAGUGUCACACAGUGACAGAGGGGGGACGGCACAAGGUGGGACCCAACCUGUGGGGUCUGUUUGGGAGGAAGACGGGACAGGCACCUGGCUACUCCUAUACGAAGGCCAACAUCGAGAAAAAUAUCAUAUGGGAUGAGGAAACUCUGAAUAUCUACCUUCAAAACCCUAAGAAGUACAUUCCUGGUACCAAGAUGAUCUUCAGUGGGAUUAAAAAGAAAAAGGAAAGAGAGGAUAUUAUAGCCUAUUUAAAGGACGCCACCUCCUAAUCUACUGACAACAGAAAACACACAUACGGCUUUGGACAGAAACAUUACAUUAAAGUACAGUUAUGAAGAAAACAUUAGUGUGCUCUUAGUUUUAACUUUGAAUUGAUCAUUUAAGAUAGGUGGGUUUUUUUGCAAUACUGCAUUGUGUUACAUUUUAACAUUGCUGCCACAGUGUUUUUGUGUGUAGGAGACUGUUUUUGAUUAUCAUAUGAGUCAGCCUUCAUCCAGACACUGCUCAGUCAAGGCUUCUUAAAGAGGCAGCCACACUUUGGGAUUUUCUAAUUGUUUACCUAAAAAUUUUACUACUGCUUGCACAGAAACUUCACAAAUUUGCCUUUGUGCCACUUUAAUUCAUACCACACUGUUGAUCACUUAUUUAGGUAUAUUUUUCCAUUAUCGCUGUUACUGAAGCUAUUUUGAAAGCAAGCAAGCUGCCAAUUACUUCACACUGGAAGACAUUGAGCUACAGCAAAGCUACCUGAGAGACAAAUCUAUUCAACUUAACUGAAACUAUUUAGAAAAAGUAAAAGUUUUUCUAACAAAAUAUAAUACCAAAAAGUCAAAUGCUGGCAACUGAGUUUACUGCAAAUUGUUUGUAGUUUCAGGGUAACUACAUAAAAAUGGCAAAGAACAGGAAUUUAACUAAAUGAACUGCCACCAAGCUACUGCAAAAUGUGGUUGUAGUAAAACUACUAGUUCAAUUCCAUGUAGUUCAUUUGUGCUUGUGUAUAGUUUUUUUCUACUGUGGUAGGCUUUAAUGUUGUAUUGACUGUUGCUAGACUGUCAGUUUUCUCCUUCCUCUUAUGUAAUGGCUUUGAUUGUUAUAUUAUUGUUAUGAAGUUGCACUUUAAAAUGAGUAUGUAUUGUAUUUAUUCAAAGUUCAUGCAGAAGUGUUUUUGCCUUAAGAGCAGUUUGGUCAAACAGAUUUGUAAUUACGAUAAAACAACCACUUGCAGGUUAAGGAACAAUGCUAACUGUUUACAUUUAUAUCCAUUUAACUGUUACUGUUUUAUACUGUGUUGUUUUUUUAUUUUCCAAACAAUACCUUAACCUUGACUUGGGAAAACAGAUGUGGCAAUAAAAUGCUUGGUCCAUUCUU